ACCCGAAUCUCUCCUCCCAGCAACAACGAGUCCAGCCCCCUUGGAAAACCCCCCUCCACCGUUUUAUAUAUCGUUCAGAAUAACAUAGAAACGUGCUUUCACCACGACCAGAAACAAACCCAAAUGUAUCUAGUUUUACACUAUGCGGCAUAGUGAUCUGGUUCGCUCACAACAAACGGGCUGCUUUUAGUUACCGUCAGCGAGCCUUUAACGUUUAGCACCGCUAGCUGGCUCUGUUCGGGAGGAGGUUACCGAGUGGCACAGGCAGCAGCCAGCGUUACCAUUGUCUGUUGUUGCCUCGGCCUGGCAUCAGCAACCCCCUUCUUGGACUGGGCAGAGGAGGCAUUUCAAGUGGUCUGAGCUGUGGCCUUGCUGCAGUACCAGGGUCCACCAGCGUGGGGCAGCAGAGCGAGGUGGGGCCAGGAGGCAGCAGUGAGUAGGCCGGGGCUGGAUCUAGCCUGGAGGGGCAUGUGUCAUGACCUCGGUGGUGCUCGUUGACAGUGGAGGGGCGGUGGUGGAGUAUAUGACCGCCGUGGAGGACCCUCAUCAGGAGGGAGAGUGUGAGGAGGGAGACGGUGAAGCUGAGGUAGAGGUGGAGGUAGAGGUGGAGGGAGACAUGAUGGAAGAAGAGACAGACGAGGACCUGGAUGAAGAGGAGAACCCAGCAGUGAUUGUGGAGGAGGUCCCAGGCAGGGGGCUGGAGCAGUAUUUCUCUGCCCAGGUUCUGGUAUACGAAGACGGGACCUACCUGAUACAGGACGUGGGGGAAGAACAGGAGGUGGAGACUGAGGUGGUGGAGACAGUGUGAAGUCAAUGCGAAUCUGCAACACGGGAAGAACAUGGCGACUUCACUUCAUGAGGGGCCCGCUAACCAACUCGAUCUGCUCAUCAGAGCAG